AUGGCCAAGCAAAAGGCCUCGCUUCCGGUGAUCCGCCGCCGCAUAGGCGGUGUCGGUUUGUUGCGCUGGGCGGUGCGGGUCGCCUCCAGCAUAGUGCUCUGGACGGCGCUCCUCCAGCUCUCCACCUUCUUCGGUCUACCCCUCUCGCCGCUCCGCGCCGCCCGCCCGUCCUGCAUAGGGAACCGCAAUGCCUCUGCAACCGCCUCCGCCGUAACCGCCGUCGCCUCCGACGAUGUAGGGGACCUUGCACCCCCAGCUCUACCUACCAGGAGAUCUUACAGAAGUAACGGUUAUCUUCUUGUUUCAUGCAAUGGCGGUCUGAACCAAAUGCGAGCUGCGAUAUGUGACAUGGUAACUGUAGCACGCUAUUUGAAUCUGACCAUGGUUGUACCUGAACUUGAUAAGCAAUCCUUCUGGGCUGAUCCUAGUGAUUUUGGAGAUAUAUUUGAUGUGAAUCAUUUCAUCUAUUCUUUAAGAGAUGAGGUGAAGGUUAUCAGAGAACUCCCACAUAAGUUUAAUGGGAAAGUUCCAUUAUCAAUGCAACCAGUCAGCUGGUCUAGUGAGAAAUACUAUUUGAGACAGAUCUUGCCUCUUGUACGAAAGCACAAGGUUAUACGUUUUAGCAGGACAGAUUCUCGCCUUGCGAACAAUGGCCUUCCUCUGAAGCUCCAAAAGCUUCGCUGCCAUGUUAACUACAAUGCAUUAAGAUUUACACCAUCCAUUGAGGCCCUAGGCAACAAGAUGAUAUCGAGUCUCAGGAAAACUGGAUCUUUUGUUGUGCUUCAUCUGAGAUAUGAGAUGGAUAUGCUCGCCUUCUCUGGCUGUACACACGGAUGUUCUGGUCAAGAAACAGCAGAGCUCACGAGAAUGAGGUAUGCAUAUCCCUGGUGGAAAGAAAAGGAAAUAGACUCUGAGAAGAAAAGGCUCGAGGGCCUCUGCCCGCUUACACCUGGGGAAACAACAUUAGUGCUCAAAGCUCUUGGUAUCCCCAGGGACACUAGGAUAUAUAUUGCCUCUGGUGAAAUCUACGGUGGUGAAAAAAGAUUAGCUGCGUUGAAGGCAGAGUUCCCUAACAUCGUGCGUAAGGAGAUGCUUUUAUCUGAAGAUGAGCUACACCUCUUCCAAAAACACUCGACUCAAAUGGCAGCCCUGGACUAUCUUGUUUCUGUCGCGAGUGAUGUUUUUAUUCCCAGUAAUGAUGGAAACAUGGCUAAAGUUGUGGAAGGACACCGCAGGUUUAUGGGCUUCCACAGGACUAUACAGCUUGAUAGGAAGAAGCUGGUUGAGCUUAUAGAUCUUUUUGAAGACCAGGAGCUGUCAUGGAAUGAAUUCUGUACUGCUGUCAAGGAGCUACAUGAGGGCCGAAUGAGCCAGCCCACGAGAAGAAAAGUCAUCGCAGGGCAGCCUAAGGAAGAGGACUACUUCUAUGCAAAUCCUUAUGAGUGUCUUGGGCCUGCUAGAAAGAGAAGGGAAAAGCUAAAACAUACAGAGACAUAA